AUGCCGACUUAUUCAUCUUUCGCGGCUGCGGCUGCGGCUGCGGUUCUAUCUGCUGACGCCCCAGCAACAGCAGCAACUUCAGCAAGCGCAGCAACAGUUAGCUACUGCGCUUCAGGCAGCAUCUGCUACGCCGUGGGUGUCCCAAGCACCACGGCUUCAUCUGGCAGCGGCAACAUCUACUUCCAGAUCUCAGCACCAACGACCUAUUCAUGGGUAGCCCUGGGCACCGGCACCCAGAUGAAAGGGGCAAACAUCUUCAUCAUGUACCAGGACGGCCAGGGCAACGUCACCGUGUCAGCCAGGCCUGGUACCGGCCACCAGCAGCCCCAGUACGACGCAUCCACCGCGUCGCAGCUCACGCUCCUCUCGGGGAGCGGCGUCAGCGGGGACACCAUGGUGGCGAACGUGCAGUGCGCGAACUGCGAGUCGUGGUCGGGUGGGACCCUGAACGUCGCCAGCUCUGGCUCGUCGUGGAUCGCGGCGUGGAAGGAAGGGUCCUCGCUGGCCUCGACCAGCCAGUCGGAGUCGAUCUCGUACCAUGAUGCGCACUCCGAGUUCAACUUGGACCUGACGCAAGCGAGCAUCACCUCGGACAGCAACCCCUUCGUCGGUGCUGCAGCCACGACGCCUUCGUCGUCAGGGUCGUCGGGUUCCAGCGGCACCACGACGGUGAGACCUAGUAGUGCGGUCAUCUGGGCCCAUGGCCUCGGUAUGGCGAUUGCUUUUGCAGUUCUGUAUCCUCUGGGGUCUGCUGUAAUGCCUUUGUUCGGGAAAUGGCAACUCCAUAGUGGCUGGCAGAUGGUGACCUGGCUGCUCAUGUGGGCUUGCUUCGGCCUUGGCGUAUACGGCGCUCAGCAGCGGAAUAUGCUCUUUACCAACUCUCACGUUCAACUCGGCACUGUUGUGGUCUGCGUGCUUGCGAUCCAACCUGCUCUCGGCUUCAUCCACCACCAGCAGUUCAUGAAGACUGGCAGCCGCGGCAUCUUCAGCCAUGCCCACAUCUGGUGGGGUCGGCUCUGGCUGGUUCUGGGAGUCAUCAACGGCGGCCUGGGACUGCAGUUGACCGACGCAAGCAACAGCCUGAUCAUUGCCUACUCUGUGAUUGCUGUAAUCAUGUACCUGGUGUACGCAGUCGUCAAGACACUGGUCUCGUUCCGGUCCAGGUCCAGAAGGUCGAACGGCAGCAUAGAAGGACGCAAGGCGUCGGGGGCUGGCUAUGUUGAGCAUGGGGAUGAGAUGAACCUCAACAGGUAUCCGGACCGUCAGUACAAAUGA